AUGGCGGUCAGGCGAAGGCCACAAACAACACCAUCCCCACGAAACGGCCUCGACUCCGGCGCUAUCACCAGGAUACAUGUACUCGGUACUCAAUACAGGCUGUUCACUGAACCCAAUCCCACGCCAUCAUCCCCGGGCCUCCCCGCAAACGGUGAAUUUGACCCAGACGAUUACUGCGCCCGCCGCCUCGCGGGGCUCGAGACCGGCCCGGCGCCCACCAUCGGACCCGGCACCGCAGCCUCCAUCUGGGCCCUCUUCGCGCUCGCCACCGCCUUCAUCGUCCUGCGCAUCUACUGCAAGAUAUGGCAGUCGCGCGGGAUCUGGUGGGAUGACCUGACCAUGUUCCUCGCCUCCAGCACACUCUGCCAACUCGUGAUCAACCUCGGCUUCGGGCACUUCCCCUGCGACAUCCCCACCUCCCACCACCCCCUCAUCGCCUUCCGCGGCGGCGGGCUAGGUUCCACCUUCACGGUGCUCGCCAUCGUAUGGAGCAAGACGGCCUUCGGCAUCACCCUGCUGCGGCUGACGCGCGACCGGCUGCGGUGGGCGCUGGCGGCCGUCGUGGUGGCGAUGAACGUGACCAUGGGGCUGCAGGCGGUUUUUGUGUGGGUGCGUUGUCAGCCAGUGGAGAAGAAUUGGCGGCCGGGGGUGGUGGGGACGUGUUGGGAGUUGGGGGUGAGUAACGGGUAUGCGGUGUUUUCGGCCGUGUUGUCCGGGGUGUGUGAUGUGGUGUUUGCGUUGUUGCCGUGGUUUUUGGUGUGGCGGUUGAGGAUGCGGAAGAAGGAGAAGGUGGGGGUCGUGGUGGCGAUGAGUAUGGGGGUUUUUGCCGGGAUAACUUCAUUUGUCAAGUCGGGACAUAUUCGCGAAAUGGGAUCCAAGAACUUUACUCCCGAGAUUGCCACAACCAUAAUGGCAUCCUGUAUCCCGGUUCUGCGCGUCCUCUUCCGCGACCUGCGGGACGCCACGCCUACCGAGAUCAGCGGAACCUUCGGGCUAGAGAACUACCACUAUCCCAAGUCUGACAGCACCGGCGUGACGGCGAAACAGGCUGCCCAUGACCCGGUUGUGGUUGAGGCAGCCGCCCCUGCCGAAAACGGGCAUGACGACAACACACAAGCCCCAAACCAGUCCGACUUGAGACGUAGUCAGACGGCCCCCAAGACCUGGAGAGCUGUGUGGGACGUUGGGAAAAGUGCCAGGCCACGAGCUAGGUCUCCGACAGGGGGCUCGGGAACGCCGACAGAUAACGCCGCCCCGGCACCACCCGAUAUUCAACCCGACAACAGCAGUCAGAGGGUAUUAGUUAAUCAUGAAAAUGAGAAUAGAGCAGCGGGCUUGGCUCGAUUCCACUGA